AUGUCAAUGGGACCACGCAUCACCCCGUCUAAUCCAGUGCGGAAGCUAGGCCGUAUGGAUUAUGAGCGGUGUGCAGCAUUGCAUAAUGAGCUCUAUCACCUGUCAUGGAGAGAAUCUUGUCCAUCGCCACACAUUACCUGGUGGGAGUAUUUUUCGCCAUCACACAAGAUUGCAGAAACCUUAGACCCUUCUCUUAUUGCGUUCUUAAAAUUGGCAUUUGUCAAGCCUAAGGAUAAGCCUAAGAAUCUGGAGGACCGUACUGCUCUCUUUUACUGGAUCCGUGGCCUCAAUACCCCCGAUGUCUUCUUCGAGACUUGGGUGGAGGAAUUGUACCCCGGUCGAUUCGUGUGGCUCUAUUGUACCACGGGAUAUAACAUGGGCGACGAAAGGGGCAUUGUGUAUGACCAGGAAAAAUCUCUGGCAGCCUUCAUAGGCUAUAUGUUUGAGGAGCCUCCAAUAUGUAUUCACGGCUGGGGAUUCAAGCCACUGGAGGUCAUUCUGGAUGCAUAUCUUGACAUGAUCGACGAAGGCAAAGUCACCCUGAUGGGCCCUAACCUUCCAAGGUGGCCUGGGGUUAUGAAGCCAUGGGUUCUCCAUCCAUAUACCAAAGUCGAUGUAGAUAAAGCCUUGUCCGCUAUGCGAAAGCUGCUUGAUGCUAUUCAGGCCCGCCAGCCAGCCCGUGAAGCUACUAACUCCUACAAUCCUUGGUCCGAUCCAGACCUGCUUACAUCAAUUGAUAUACCACCAGAAACCUUCAUACAUGAUUUUCUCACGGGCCUGGCUCCACAAAAGAUACCCUUUCGCUAUAUUGCACCUGGAAUCAGACUACCAACUAUUUCAGAGUUCACCGCCCAGCCUUACCUCGGCUCUUACCCAACAGACGAUCCAACAUCACUACCAGUACUUCUUUUCUAUACUGAUAAUAAGAAAGGCGUUGGCCGUGACCUUCACCCUCUUUCGCCACCGCCCCCUCCACCAUCCUACCCGCCGCCUAGUAGUAUUCCAGAGCUCCCGGCAGGGCUAUAUAUCGAAAGCAUUCAUUCAAAAACAACCCGUGCCUUUUCGAACACAUGUUAUCUUCUUUUGCCUUUUAAGGUGGGGAAAAAUGGAUGGACUCGGACUAGCGAUGGAGCUCAAACAGGGUUAGAGAUAGACGAUAUCGAAUCCCAUCCUAAAGGGGAUGACACGAGCCUCUACCAGUCUGGGCUCAAUGGCUUCGGUGAUCGCGGUAUGGUUCAGUUAGACAAAGUACUGCUACGCUGGGCACAGAUGGUGGAGGCUGGUGAGUGGGAGGUUGGAGAAGAUGGAGUGGUUGACAAAAUCGAGAGGUUUAAGGAUGCUGAUACGGAGAUGCAUUGGCACAAGUAUUGCAUUCCGCCCAGUUGGUGA